AUGUCCCUUAACAACUUAGCGUCGAUCGCGCAUUCAACCAUGGGUAGUCUUGGAAAAUUGUUGUUUUUAUUUUUUGAGGAUGAAAACGAUAAUUUUAAUGGCGUCUUUAAUAUUAAAUGGGAGUGGUAUUUGAUUGUUAUGUUGAUGUUUCUGGCAGCUUUGGUGGUGAGUUCUGUGGCUGGUCUUCAACUAGACAGCCAGGCUUCUACAAGACGACCCAGAGUGACUAAAUAUAGCAAGACUACAGUAAUGCCGGGCGGAUCUACAGAGCCAGCAACUGAAAGAAGUUUGAUGACGGCCACGUAUCGUUUGCAUGGAGGCGGAGAGACAUGUAUUCUGUUAACAGUGGAUGCUCUUCUUGAUAUAUCAUAUGUUACCAAGUUGAAUGAACGCGCUGACGCCAAUACUUUUGUUCCAAACAACGCGAACGUGGCCGGCGUGUGCAAGGAGAGUGACGUGGAAACACUAGUUCUGUCUUUCAAAGAGUUUUCGUUGGAAUGGACUUUCGAUAAGACUCCAGGCGGCGAGCGCUGGUAUGUAGACAGUCUCCGCUUGACAUAUAACUCAAGCGCCCGUAUAUUGGAGCAUGCUGCCAAGCAAGGAAGGAAGGUGACUCUCACUACUGGGCCAAGAGCGUUAUUAUUCCCAACCCCUGUAGGAAAAUCAUAUUUCUGCCCGGAAGAAACCAUCGUAGAAUUAGCUGAAGAUGAGCCUAGCAACCCGACGUUAGCACAUCGCGCCAAGCUGUAUUUACGUCAAAUGAGGCUUCAACCGUUUAUGUUUAAACGAGAAGGUGAGUUUGGUCCACCAUGGCAUUGUACGGAGUCCCUUUCACGCUCUGAGGCGGCUCCGGUGGCGGUGGGCGCAGCCCUAGCUAUUGCCACAGCAGGCACACUAUUGGGAUACGCGAUCUUUAGGUAUUUGAAGGUCAAAAAGGUUCAAUAUGAUACUAUGGAGUGA